AUGUACAACAAAUAUAAUAGUCGCUACUCAGGUCGCUAUAACAACCCGGGACGCUUCGUAUCACCUGGGGAGUUAAAUGUUUUCCCCUCAUACCAGCAACCACCAAAUCAGACCUUCAACGAACCUAUACCAGAGGCAUCACAUCCACCUCUGGAGAUGAAACAGCAAGAUGACGAUAUGAAGACCGAGACGAUGGACGUAACAACAGAAGAUUCCUCUGCCCGCCCACCAUGGAUGAAGUCUAAGCUGCAAGGCGUUCGUAAGAUCUCGAACAAGGAGAGGCGACGUCGCCAGAAUGAGACCCUGCGACGUCUGCUCACGCCCAAGAACGCGCUGAUGGUGCUCAACGAGAUCAUGCCGGGAGAGCAGGUGGCCAGCCAGUUCAAGGUGGAGCCGGUGGUAAACACUGGUCAGUUCUACCAGCCCAACGCACACUGCUUCCGCGCGGACCUCACGCUACACGGGCAGAACUACAAGGGGUUUGGGGAGAACAAGCUGAUGGCCCGCAACGCGGCGGCGGAGCAGGCCAUCCGCGACCUCAUGCUGGCGCGCAUGGCGGGCCUGCUGCGGCCGGCCGACCCGCCGGGUGCGUCUGGAGCAGAAGGUGAAAAUGAGGAGACUGACGAGGCCCUGCCUAUGAUCCAGCUGGCGUCGUAUGCUCUGCACAAGCUCUUCACUGAGUGGGAGUGUGAGGGACACAAGGUGCCUCAACUGAGACCGCCCAGUAGCUCCAUAUCGGAGACGGCAUCGGAGGCCGGCAGCGUGGCCGGUGGCGCGGCCAAGAGCAAAGUGAAAAGCCUGCCGGAGGCCGCGGCGCGCAUGCACCCGUGCACGCUGCUCACGUACAUGCGGCCGCAGCUGGAGUACCGCGAGCUGGCCGCCAGCGGCGCGCCGCCCGCCACGCUCUUCACCCUGGCCGUCGACGUGGACGGCCGCACCUACGUCGGCAAAGCGGCCAACAAGAAAGAGGCCAGGAAGGCAGCGGCCAAAGCGGCCUGCGAGACCAUAUUUAAUAUUCAGUUUGAAAACUGA